CUCAAACAGUGAUCGUCUUGGAUUUUGACCUUUGCGAAAUGCUCGAUUACCGUUGAACAAAUUAUCUAUCUGCAAUUUAUGUUCCUCCUCUUCCUUCGUCGCGAACUCUAGCUACAUUCCGCGACCGUCAUGGCUUCACGAUUUCCGCGUCAACGUGAUCCCCGCGCCUCUUCGUCUCUCUUCGAUCAAUACGGUGGCGACUCUCGCCAAGCUAGCAGAUCGCCUGCCCAACAACCAGGUGGAUACGGGUACGGAGGCUACUCCAGUCCAGCACCUAAUGGUCCUGCGAGUAGCGGUGCAGUUGGAGCGGGAUAUCAGAGUGCAUCGCCCGACAAAAAGGGACACUACUCCGAUGCAGUUCUCUCAUCUCUCGAGUCACAAAAUGAUGCUGAAGUUGAGGGUAUCAGCGCCAAGGUAAAAAUGUUGAAGAAUAUCACACUUGCAAUUGGUGAUGAAAUCCGAGAUACCGCACACAUGACCGAUCUCAACGAUUCAUUCGAUAACACCCGAGUCCGACUCCGCGGGAAUAUGAACCGCAUGCUUCGCAUGGCCGAGAGCACCGGCGUCGGCUGGCGAGUCUGGCUCGGCUUCUUUUUCGCUGUCUUCCUCCUGUUCUUCUAUGUGUGGAUAUUCUGAACGUAUACCCUUGCUGUCUCUCUAAGAUGUGCACUCGCGCUCUAUACCAUGUCGACCACGCCCAAUUUCUCGUCUUUAUCAUCUUUAAUCUCUCGUCUUACUUCUCGCAAAACCCAGCGACUUGCUCUUUUACUUGAUCUCAUAUGGAUCGAGCCACGCACAUGACUUAUCAAUAUCUUCAGCAUGGGAAUCUUGGCUUUGGCGCUACGAGGUGUUCUGGGACUAUGGGUUCUUUGAGCUAUGUAUAUGCAAACCCCUGCCAUGGGCUCAGAUGUCGGACAUGUACCGAUUUCUGGGUCGGCACGUUGUGGAUCUGCCUGGUAUUCAUCUCCGGAGAUAAUUCAGGAAAAUUGUCUAAUGUGAUCCGACGAUGGUUAGGUUAUUUCUGGCUUUGAUUUUGGAAGAUGUUUGAAGUAAACCGUACAUAAUGCAUA